GAGAGAGAGAGAGAGAGAGAGAAAAAGGAAGCUCUCCGGUAAGUUUUUGUGUGUAUUUAUCCAAAAGAACACAAACUUUCACAAACUAAAGGUGUGACUGGAGGCCUUGCGUUGGAAUCAACAUGCUGACGAGCGAGACCUGAAGGGAAGGACGGACUCCAGUUUGUCAGCAGUUGAGCACAGCUGAUGACAACAUCAAAUAUUAACAGUUUUUAAGGCCUUGGGCCUCCGGUGAUCAUAAAGAGACCCUGGACAGAGAAAAGGAGAGACAAUGUCCUCUGAACUGGACUCCAGUCUCACCAGUAUUGACUGGCUGCCUCAGCUGGGAAUCAGCAGCCUGCGCUCAGGGAAAGAGAGGGGAGGAGGCGAGAGGGACAAGAAAAAAGAGAGAGGGAGGGAGAGAGGAGACUUCCUACCCUCUUUACCGGACCCCUCCCCUUCCAACUACAAAGGGAAACCCCCUCACAGCUAUGCCACUCUCAUCGCCAUGGCAAUAGCAGCUGCACCUGAAAGGAAGUUGAGUUUGAAUGACAUCUACACCUGGAUCAGUGACAUGUUUCCAUACUACAGCCGAGCUGGCCGCGGAUGGAAAAACUCCAUUCGUCAUAAUCUGUCUCUUAAUAAAUGCUUCAGGAAAGUUCCUCGGCCACAGAGUGACCCCGGCAAGGGUUCCUAUUGGACGAUGGACGGACCUGCAGAGGUGAAUCAAGUGAGGGCACUAAAGCGUCCCUAUCCAGAGGAGGAUGUUUCUCAAACUCCGGUGACACAAGCAGAGCGAGGAGCUUCUUCUCAUCAACCACAGCCAUCCUCCCACACAGAACACCAACUUUUUAACACAGAGCUGCCGGGAGCCAUCCAGCAGCAGUCGCCCCGCCCUGCCUCCCUCUCUCCUCCCCCAUGCAAGCAACCGUCACCCUACAUGCCGAGACCCGUAUCCACUCACCCCGUCCAUCAUCAUCAUCAUCAUCAGUCUGUCUCUCCUUCAGCUGGGAUCAAACCCGCUGCCUGCACGUCUUCCAUCAAUUCCUUCCCACUUCGCCAUCCAUCCGGCCCCACAUUUUCCAUUCCCGCUGCCUCUGCUACACCUCUUUCCUCUGCCAAUAUGUCUUCUCCAGCGGCUCACUCGUUCUCUGAUGCCACUCUGUCCUUUCCUAAUUUAGUUUCUGGUCCCACUUUCUGCUGUGCUCCUAACUCAGUGCCUGUGUCUGUUUGCACUGCGUCAGGACCCUCUAUCUCCUCUUCAUCUGUUGCUGCCCCUCCCGUUGUCUCUUUAAACCCCUCCACUGAUCCUCCGAUGCGUUUCACCUUUGAUGAGAUGAUCUUACCAGACUUGUAUGCGUCUUUCAAGUCUCUCUUCAAGACCAUGCGGGAGCGGGGAGGCUCACAGUCGGAUGCUGCUCCUGUGGGUGUUCUGAUCAAUGACACUACUCCACUUCACACCCCAACUCUGCUACCUUUGUCUCCUCACCCUGCACCACCUGCACCACCUGCACCGCCUGCACCAGCCCCUACAGCUCCAACAGCUGCCCACCCUCCUGAGACAGAGCAGCGCAAUCCACAAUACACGGUGCCGGCUGACUGGUUCAUUAACCCAGAUUCUCUGAAGGAGAGCUUCCGCAUUGCCAGCAAUCUAGACUGGGCCAACAUAGACCUCUCUGGUCACCCAGACCUGCUGGAGAGCAUGCGGCAGGCGGAGCUCUGUGAUUGGACCCUGGACCCGGCGCUCUUCACCUCCCUCUGUGACUCUCUGAAUCGCUUCUUCACUCACAGAGGCAUGAUCACCUCUGGGAAUAACUCCCCUCUCGCCCUCGGUGCACCUCCAUCCUUACAUGUCCCACCGUUCCCCUCCAAUCCCCCUCCUACCCUUGCCAGCCUCACUCACCCCUCACCCCUCCCCUACUCUCCCAUAGUUCACCCCGCCAGUGGAGUGCAGCCGCCCCGGAGGGCUCUGCACAUGCAGGGACAAGGCUUUCAGAGACCACAGCUAACACAGCCUGCAAACACAACCGCUGGAAUGCAGCCUCAGUCUAUGACACCACGACAGCGUCCUCCAUUAAAGAGUCUGCACAGCAACAGCGAGGAGAUCCAGGAUGACUUUGACUGGGAUUCUCUGCUCAUUUGACCCUUCG